AUGACUUCACAAGUGAUCAGCCACGUCAACCCCGUCACGGAGAAGCCGGUCGACCGCGAGAAGACGUGCCCGCUGCUGCUGCGCAUUUUCUGCUCGAACAGCCGCCACAACCCAAUCUCCGAAUACGGCAACCGCGGAAGUGUGCCGGCCAAUGAAUUGCAAGUGUACACAUGGCUCGACUGCUCCCUCCGCGAACUCACGCAGCUGAUCAAGGAGGUCAACCCGGAGGCCAGGAAGCGCGGCACGACGUUCGACUAUUCGGUGGUGGCUCCGGACCGUAUGGGGCCUCGUUUCCAAAUGCGCGAGAUCGGCAACACGAUGAACGGCUCGCGCGGCGUCGACGACAACAAGACCCUUCACCAGUGCAAAUUCGAGAUCGGCGAUUACAUCGACGUGGCCAUCACCACACCGCAAUUCCAGCGACCCGGCGGCGCGGGUCCAAUGGGUGAUCGACGAAUGAGCGGACGCAACGACUACAAUUCUGGCCCCAGGGACUUCGGAUCCGGCCCACGACGUGACUUCAACCGUGACCGAUUCAAC